UACGCACCAGUCACGUCCCAAGAUUAGAUCGAGUAAACUUCUUGUUCUGAAGGAAGUUUAUUUUCACAGCCGUUCAUGCAUUUCCACCCACAACCUUUUUGAGGGGGGUCAAGAGGAGUGAGCUCAAACAAUCAGACUUCUGAUUCAGACAGGCAAAUGUAGAUGUGCUUCACUGCAUGCAGGAGCAGGUGGAGCGGAGAGCUUUAACACACAACACAGAGAAAGAGAGAGAGGGUGAAGGGAUCUGGACAUCCAACAAGAACAACAACAAAAAACACCUUUACCUAAAAACUUUUAUUUGGUGUCCUAGACGUCUGCCAGGGGUGAGACUGAAUUUGAAGAAGACGAAGAAGAAUCUGGGAAAAUCAUAAUAAUAAAAAGGAUCUCAAUUUCUUCUGGUGAAGCAGUUUCAAAAAGCAGGUUGCACUGAGAGAUGUUUGAGAAACAACCCUACGACAGUCCUCCUAAAUACACACCUCCAUCCAAUGGCUUUGGACCCCCGGGGAGCUUCCAGGACCCUCGGAGUGAAUUCGACCCCUACCCUGCUCCACCAGGAUCCUACUAUGUUGGCGAAGAGGUUCCUCAGCAUUUCUACAAAUGGUUCUCCCCUCCAGGAAUCGUCAAGAUUAUGAUAGGAACCGUCAUUGUGCUCUGUUUGGGUAUCUUCGCCUGCGUGGCCUCGACUUUGGUUUGGGACAUGCAGUAUGGAUAUGGAUAUGGCUCUGGAUAUCCUGGAUAUGGAAGUGGGUACGGAUACGGCGGUGGAUAUGGAAGCUAUGGAUAUGGAAGUGGAUACGGAAGUGGAUAUGGAUAUGGGAGCUACUAUAAUUCAUAUCCAACCCCAUACUCUGCGAAAACCAGCAUGAUCGCCGUCGCCGCAAUAAACUUCAUCAUUGCUUUGGGAUUUUUUGCUGCCAGCUUCUCCAAAACAAACACUUUCCGCAGCCGGAAGUUUUUCCUGGCGGUACUUGUUGUCUGUUCAAUAAUGGCGGUGAUUCAGGGCAUUAUAAACAUUGUGUACAUCGUAGGAGUGAACCCUAUGGCUCAAAGCUCCAGCAGCUCGUAUUAUAACCCCAUGCUCAUGAUGUGCCAGAACCUCUACGGCAGCAGUGUGACAGGAAUGGGGGCCGGAUUUCCAGUUUAUAACCAGUACUUGUACCACUACUGCUACGUGGACCCUCAGGAGGCUGUUGCGAUGGUUUGUGGGUUCAUGGUUAUGGUGGCUCUGGCUGUGGCGGCCUUUUUCUCCUACAGGACCAGAAGUAAGAUCUGGCAGUAUGGCAAACCAAACAUCUACUGGGAUCGACCUCUGAUGGCAGGAACGGAGGGCAGAGAUGUGGAGGACUGGGUCAACCAUGUACAGGAUGGACAGAGUAUUCAGGAGGCCUCCAUGGUGUUUUCAGAAAAAAUGUCUCCUGUUCUGGCUUCGGCUCCCAGUGUGGGCUCCAUUCCUGCAAAGACUGGCAGCGUCUUCAGCUCAGAGAACCACAAUGUUAUCGGUUACCCGGAGCGCUCUUUCAGCCGGCCGUCUCACUGUACAUCCCCAUCUAGAGAAGUGAGCUCCAGCCCAUCCGACCAGACAGACACCAUCCGCAAACCCUCUGCCGGCAGGGGCAAGAGGCGCAGGAGGAACCCUGAGCUGGACGAGUCCCAGUACGAAACCGAGUACACGACCGGAGGAGAGACCGCAGACGACUUUGACCAGGAUCUGUGGACACGUCUGUAUCCGGAGAUCACAUCUGACCCCCAGCGACACGACUAUAAGAAAGAGUUUGACACAGACCUCAGGUCCUACAAGGAACUCUGUGCUGAAAUGGAUGAUAUCAACGACCAGAUAAACAAGCUGAGCAGAGAACUGGACACCCUCGAUGAGGGAACGUCCAAGUAUCAGGCUGUUGCAGAGGAAUAUAAUCGUCUGAAAGACUUAAAACGGAUGCCGGAUUAUCAAAACAAGAAGCAUCAAUGUCGCAAACUGCGCCACAAGCUCUUCCAUAUUAAACGAAUGGUCAAGAACUACGACCGCCGUCAAUAAUGAGCUCCAUUAAACCAGCACCUGUUUUCCUUUUUCACCACCUUAGCAUUAAACUAAUCAUGGGCGGCCAUGACGAAGCCUUCAGAUCACUGUGACCAAAGUUUCCCCUAACAAUGGCUUCACUCGGUGCUUAUGAUUAACCUAAAGACCGUUGCAUUUCAGUAAACCAGGACCAAAAGCGGUCAACCCAACGUAUUUUCCAUUACCCGGAGCUUGUUCUUUCACUGGAAACAUCUGCUUUACUCGGAGCAAGUGACUUUACAUGGCUUGUAAAGUGCGAUAAAGCUUUU